CCAGGGCCGCGGCCACCCGCCCCGCCAGUAGCCGCCGCAGCUCCGCAAGCUCCGCCUGGCCGCGCUCCUGCAGCAGCCACAGCAGCUCCCGGGCCACCUCCGCGAACUCCCGGUCGAUCGUGGCCUUCAGACUGUGGUACUCCGGUCGUUUUUUGGACAUCUUUUUUUAGGGUUUUCCAGCCGAACAAAGGGCGAAAUGUAAACAGUUCUCCAGCACUUCCGGGUCCGCGGCGUGAUGACGUGUGACGCAGACGUGAUGACGUCACGUGCGUGUGUUUGUUGUGCUAGCGGUUGUUGUGCUAGCUGCACCAUAGACACAAACAUUUACUGUAAAUUUCUGUAAAUUUUACAGAAAUAGAGAACGGUCGACACCUGAAAGUUUCAUCACGGAGUAAAAACAUCUUUGACGUCAUAGGAGUUGAGAUGUCUCAGAAGAAGAAUGUUGUACCAAAGCGGUGGUUGAACUAUCAGCCUAUGGGACAGAGGCUUCCAGGAACUAGAUUUAUUGCGUUUAAAGUGCCUUUAAAAGAAUCUCUGAACCGUCGGGUUCCUCAGUUGGAGUCCUUUGAUCUUUGGGACUUGAUGGACUGUAUGGAAAGUGGAAACCAGGAGCUGGGUUUGAUCAUCGAUCUGACCUUCACCACCAAAUACUACAGUCUAACAGACGUCCCACAGUCCUGCUCUUACAUUAAAAUCUCCACCGAAGGUCAUAGAGUUCCCUCUGAUAACGUCAUCUUGAGCUUCAAACAGGCAGUCAGAUCUUUCCUGAGGGAGAACUGGGACAAUGACAAACUCAUCGGUGUCCACUGCACCCACGGCCUGAACCGCACCGGGUACCUGGUGUGUAGAUACCUGAUAGAUGUGGACGGGUUAGAUCCCUCCACAGCUGUGCAGCUCUUCAACUCCUCCAGGGGUCACAGCAUUGAGAGGAAGAACUACCUGCGUGACCUGCAGAACACCAACAAAAGGAGCAACGGUGCUAUUGAUGAGUCAAAGAAGGUGGCGAUGAAAGGGCUGGCUGUGCUGAGACGGCCAUCGGUGGCCAGAGAGGGGGGAGAAAAGCUACGAGCCACCACUGAGGAGCCGCAGCAACGUGGUGAUGUCCCAACAGAAACUGAGCAACCCGAUUGUGAACAACCGUCUGGUUAUCAACGCAAACGGAGAGCCCGACGUCGCGCGAAGGUUAACCGAAAACAUUCACAUGACGGCCUCCUCGGUAAACCGGAUAUCCAGCCAGAAGACCGGCAGCAAACAAGCUAACGCUGAGUUUGGUUUCAUUUGACUCGAUAUAGAAGAAGUGUUUUCCCUCUGCCGUUCCCUAAACUUUCAUCCUGAUUAUUCUUAUCAAUAUAUAGCUAUGGCGUGCUUGUUGUUACCAAGGCAACUUGAGUGAAAAUUGAAGUAAGCAUUAAAAUUAUUAUUUUUUUUUUUUAACAUUUCCCAUUUAAAUUGUAAUCAAAGCAAAUUUGAAUGGAAAUAUACAAUUUAUGUCAGACAAUAAUUUGAUUAAAGGGUGUUUAAGGAUUGAGAACUAUGCCAGGCAGAAACGGAGUAAAAAUGUUUUUCAUUAAUUGUAUUGCUCAUUAUUUUCAGACCAGGUAUAAAAUCAGGGUCGUUGCGAUACAUCAGAAUAUGUAGAGUAAUGAGAUAACUGAAGUCCACACUGCUUUUGAGAUAACAGUGUGUGUUAUAUUCAUUAUUCAUUUUGUGAGGAAACUGGAAAUCAGUAGAUUUAUUUUGUGCCGAGCCACUUGAGGAUUGCUGUUAACAGCCGCUUCAGUUUUUUUACCUUGAAAUUUUACAAACACGGGGCCUCAGAGCACUGAACGCUCAUCUUUUAAGAUUUUGUAAAACCUUCAUUUACACUGGUUGAUAAUGACUUAAGUUUUUGGAACAUUGAACUCAAACUGCAUAUGUAGUUCUGCUUUAUAUUGUCACACAUUUGCUAUUGUAUUUGUGCCUUGA